AGCGGUGCCUGAGCCGCAUGGAGAGACACUGUGACAAGGCAAUUUGAUAUCUGACCUGGCUUUGAGUUAACCCAAAGGUCUUGUAAAUCGUAGCGAUCCUGUCACUCAAGCCAGCGCUAACAGCCGAACAUGGCAACAAUAAUUUCGAAGACCGUAUUGGCGGUGAUGCUGUCCACAGUCCGGCCGUGCUCUGCCAGUACUGGCCGUGCGAAACUCAGCACAGGAAACAAUGCCAGAAACGCCGCGCCAACGUCGAGUCGCUGGUCAUCCUCCCCCAGCCAGCCAGACAUCCUCUUUCGCCUCGACGACGCAACUGCAAUCUGGUAUUAGUACACGAGGAGGGGAACCGCAGUCGCAAGAGGGAAGUCGACUGCUAGAUGCAAAGGUAGUCAAAGACGACGCUUCCGCCAUGUCGUCGAGGACAUCGGCCCGCGGGAAUCAAUGGCUGAUUCUGGCCCUCGCGAGCGGCGCCUGUGCCGCCUUCAACGGCGUCUUUGCUAAGCUCACAACUACGGAACUCACAUCGAGCUUUUCGCAAAGUAUCGCCAGACUAUUCGGCCUCUCAGAUGCUGAAUACGUCAUAGAGUUUAUUGUUAGAGCUAUUUUCUUUGGACUAAACCUUGUAUUUAAUGGAAUUAUGUGGACGCUCUUCACCGCCGCUCUGAAACGGGGCAAUUCCACGACCCAAGUGUCGAUCAUGAACACAUCAUCCAACUUCGUCAUCACCGCAAUCCUCGGCUCAGCCAUCUUCUCCGAGUCCCUCCCACCGCUGUGGUGGCUCGGCGCCUCCAUGCUGGUCGCCGGCAACGUGAUUGUCGGCCGGAAGGACGAGAGCCUGGAGCCGGAGAGCGGCGACGAGGAUGGUGACCGUUCCACUACGGCGGACCACCCGGGCAGCUCCCAGCACGCCCAUCUGAUGGACGGGCUCGUCCCGGAGUCGAAAGCGGUGGACGGGGAGGAUGAGGACAUUUUGGACCUUGGUGAUUCCGAUUGAUUGUCGAGAAGCUAGGCGAGGCCCUUGUCGAACUUGGCUCCCUUUCCCUGUGAGAUUAUUUUGAACGCCGCUGAAAGAUCUGGGGGUCUUCAAUAUACAUAUCUUAGUGCUUCGGCCCUUCCCGUCCACAUAUUUAAGCAUAAUGUUAAAAUAUAUGCUAGCGAUGGUGAUAGCUUUAGCUAUCGAAAAGUAAGCAAUAUAGAGUUAUCUCGAUGUAAAUCAAUAGUCUCAUAGCAUGUUCUCUGAUUGAAUUACGAUCACCGGACAUGGAUAUCAGUUUGUGACCUAGAAG